CACAAAACAAUAUCAAAAGUUCUUUACAAAUCCGAACAAACACAUCACCAACUUAAAUCACCAUGUUCAAAUUCGCCGUUGUCCUUUUCGCCAUCAUUGCCUGUGCUGCUGCCAAGCCUGGUUUGGUUGGUGCUCCUUUGGCUUACACCGCUCCCGCUGCUGUUGUUGCUGCUGCUCCAGCCCCCUUUGUCACUGCCACCAGCAGCCAAUAUGUUGCCCGUAACUACAAUGGUAUUGCCACUGCUCCAGUUGUUGCUCCCGUUGCCGCCCCUGUAGUAGCCAAGUCUUUCGCCGCUCCCGUAGCCGCCGCUUACACUGCUCCUGUUGCCGCUGCCUACUCUGCCCCAGUCGUUGCUAAAUACGCUGCUACUUAUGCUGCUCCUUAUGCUGCUCCUUUCGCUUACUCUGCUCCCUUGACAUAUGGCGCUGCUCCAGUUUUGUUGUAA